AUGUUAGAUUUUGGAACAACAUUUUCUGGGUGUUCGUGUGUAUUUGCUGAUGACGAUAUCGAUGAAAUGUUUGAUAUAACCGAAUGGUCACGGAGAGGCGGAUCCAUAUACCCCAAGGUUCCAACCGCAUCAUUCUAUGAGCAAGAUACCAAAACCCUUGUUGCGUGGGGAUAUGAAGCCAUCCGUAAAGCAAAUUUACCUAAUAGUAAAGGAUCCUUGAUUACAAAGUUCAAAUUACUUCUCGACACUAGCAUCCAAACUUCACAAAAUCUUCCAAAUGGAUUGACUACUCUUCAAGUUAUUGCGGACUAUCUUCGUGCAUUUUACAAACAUGUUCAUGAGCAAUUCCAGACUAAGCUUGGUGCAGUCUACGAUAAUUCAAAGUUCAGAUACUGUCUCACAGUUCCAGCUAUAUGGGACGAUCGAGCUAAAGCUACCAUGCGAGAAGCAGCUAUUAUUGCUGGCAUCGUCAGCCGUAGCGAUCAUCCAGACAGAUUGAUGCUAACCAGCGAGCCAGAAGCAGCAGCUUUGUAUUGUGAAAAGAAGUCUAACCAGUUCAAUCUUAGUCAUGAACAGCGCUUCAUGAUUUGUGAUGCUGGAGGUGGAACUGUAGAUUUGAUUGUAUUUGAAAUCGAAGACUCUUCAGGUGUAAAAUCUCUGCGUGAAGUUACAAAAGGUUCAGGCGGCUCUUGUGGAUCAACCUUCUUGGAUAAAAAUAUGCAAAAACUGAUUGAGAAACGCUUUGGUUCACAUGCUAAAAACAAUAAAGCAGCCAUUCAAUACUUGAUGGACCAUUUUGUCACUACAACCAAGCCUGAAUUUGAAAACGAAGAUGAUGAGUAUUUUACUGUUCCCGCUGUGUUGAAUCUCAGAGGGGGUAAAAUGUCUGAUAUUGGAGUUGAUGAUGGAAGACUAUGUAUAUCAGUCGAUGAACUUCGCGAAGAUGUAUUCGAGCCAGUUGUAAAGCAAGUUUUGAAUUUGAUAUCGGGUCAGAUAAACCAAUCUCAAAAGCAGAUUGAUGCCAUCUUUUUGGUCGGUGGAUUUGGCCAAUCGCGGUACCUAGGUAAACGUGUCCAAGACACAUUUAAAGACAAGGUUGGAAAUAUAUGUGUACCAAGUCGUGGUGAGAUAUCUGUAAUGCGAGGCGCAGUAAUGUUUGGAGUAGAUCCUGCCAAAGUCUCCCACCGAAUAUUACGACGCACAUAUGGUAGCAAGGUCAAUAAACCAUUUGAUUCUUUGUUGGAUCCACCUGAAAAGAAAUAUACUGCAGCUGAUGGUGAAAUAAGAUGCAAGGAUCACUUUUAUAUAUAUGCCACCAAGGGAGAGUGUGUAGCUAUGAAUCAGUGUGUAUCAAAAGAACUGUUUAUAUAUUACCCAAAUAACUUUAAUCCUGACUUGUACGCUUAUGAUAUCGACGAGAAAUCUCCACGCUUUGUCACUGACCCAGGUGUUCGUAAGGUAACAGACUUCCAUGGUAAGACUCCUGUUUUACAAGGCAUCAAGAUAGAUGAGAAGGUUUAUUUUACCCAAAAUAUGUAUUUUGGUAAAACCGAGAUUCUUAUUGAAGUAAAAAUGAAGGGACAUACCUUUCUCUAUACCUCAGCCUUUGACUCACAUGAGCUUGAAAAGGCGAUUGUAUAG